CAUCAGAGCGAACAAUCCGUACCGCGGUACGGAUUCCUCCUGUUUGGAUCAAGAUCGUCCCGACGAGGAUAGACUAAAUGAAAAUGGAGAUAAUAAUGAUCUACCGCCGGGAAUCGACGCUGACGACGUAUCCGAAAACGAACGACGAUUCGACAAUUUACUAAAUGGGCGGAGAGUUGCCGCUGGCGUGAUAUUCCGAAUGGCAAAUGUCGCUCACAACGAACAGCUAAAUGACCCGACAUAUGAACGGCGAAAUGACGCUAAUAGCCCGGAGCCUAUGAACGACAAUGAGCCUGGUCCUUCGAGGUGGCCACGUCAUGCUGUAAUUAAUAUCAUGGAGGCAAGCUACGAUGACGACUCUGUAGCUGUUGCAGGAAGCUCUCGACGUGAUGAUCCUGAUGAUCCUGAUGAUGCCGAUGAUGUUGUUGAUGCCGAUGAAAUGCGAAAGAUACAUGAAGAGGUGGGUAGGUGUAGCGGGACGGAUGAAAAAGAACGAAAUGCAUCGGCGAAUCCCACGAGGAACGGAAAGGAUGAAGCUAUGGCCGAAGGUGGUGAUUCGGAAGAUGACACAGAUGCAGAGAGGAAACGGAAAAGGGCCGAAAGACGCAAAAAGAAGGAUCAACCCCCAAAUCCUAGACUUGAUGCUAAGCGAAUGCGAUUCGGCGCGACGCUUGUCUCGAGCGAAGAAGAAGAAGAUGAUGAUGAAGAUGACCAGGACGAUGAUGGCGAUGACACUGACAAAGGCGGUGCGGCAGUGCAAGAUGCGGCAGAACCCAGCCAGCCAGAAGCUAAUAACACCGACGGUCCAAGCACUUCUAGAGAUGGCCCUGCGGAUCGCUACGUCAGAUUUCGCCGAAAUCAGAACCCGGUCUACGUGAACUGCGCUCCAGUUGAAAACCAUAUUCAUGUAUGCGGCGACGACGACAUCCUGGAAAGAUUUGCCGUAUCAAUCAGGAAUAGGAUGCCAAUUGACGCCGAACAGAUGCGGUUGCUAAGUGAAAUGACUCAGAGGUAUGCUGAAGACCUCGCUGAAGAGAGAGAACGUGCUAUUCGGGAAGGAAAUGCCGAGAACAGGCCAAAUGGCGAAGGACCCAACGAAAGGCCUGUAAACCCAGAGAAUAGACGCAAUGAAAAUCAUGAUAAUGAAAAUAGGCCUCAAAUCAAUAUAAGAUGUAUUAUACGUCAGAAUAGGCCUAACGUGAAUAGGCCCAACGAGAAUAGACCAGACGGGAAUAUACCCGAUGAGAAUAGGGCCGACGUGAAUAGGCCAGGCGAGAAUAGGCCAGGCGAGAAUAGGCCUGACGUGAAUAGGCCCAACGACAAUAGGCCCGAUGAGAAUAGGCCCAACGUGAAUAGGCCCAACGUGAAUAGGCCUAACGCGAAUAGGCCAAACGUGAAUAGGCCCAACGUGAAUAGACCCAACGUGAAUAGGCCCAACGUGAAUAGGCCCAACGUCAAUAGGGCGUACGAGAAUCGGCCCAACCAGAAUAGGCGUUACGAGAAUCCUAAUGAAAAUGGCGGUUUAAGAUUUCAGGAGAGAUUGAGGGGGAUUGAUUUUUUGGUUGAGCCGUGUCACCAUGUUUUGUGCCUGAGUGUUGCCCCAGAGUCAUGCAGAGCAGCUCGCAGUGUCUUAACAACAGAUCCACACUUGGACACGAGUGGAAUGGUGACAGACUUUUCGAUCAGGAGAUUCGGGUACGCCGAUGGCGAAGGUGUCAACUUCGUUCAUUUGGGCAGAGAUGGGCCCGUCGCUUUCGGGCGUCAGGCGGUCCCAACUAGGCCUGAACGGUCCAGUUUGAGAGUGCUGUCGGUCACAGGAUAUACCAACGUCACGGACCACAGCAUGACUCACCUGUCGACUGCCGCGCCGUAUUUAAAUCUUCUAGACGUGAGAGGCACUGCCGUGACGUCGGAUGGCGUCGAUCAUUUCAAGAGCUUGCGUCCCGAUUGCGAAGUCAAACACGGCAAGCUAGAGGAACCCGAGUGAGUUUGCGGUACGCUUGACAUGUAUGGCUCUCUAUGUUCUGUCAACUGUCAUCUGUCAAAUGUCAAAAAAUUUAAAAUUAUUUAAACAAAAUUUUUUUCCGUGAAGCCGUCAAAUCCAUUAUUGCAAGAUGUAUUUAUUGCAAAUUUCAAGUUGGCUGCAUGGUUAAUGUUUUUUUUUUUUUUUUUUUAAUAAUUUUCCAGCUGUCAUGUUUAAGUUACUUUUAUAAAUAUAAGCAGGGCAUCACUUUUUACAGUAAAAUGCUGUGGGAUUUUCGCGUUUUACCUUGUGAUAUUUGAGUUCAAAAAUGCAAAGAUUCUAGAAAUUUCCAUGGACGAGUAAAAAAAGGACACCUUACAUAUCAACGAGGCACCAUAGCAAGCCGGUACAUAGCCCCACGCAAACACAUUAAUAUAAGCCGAUCGGCCGCCAUUAUGAGAUUUGCCAUCGUCUGUGACAGAUCAGUUACCGUCGCAAUAAAAUAUCUUAAAAUGCCGUCGUGCGUUGUGAAAAAGUGUAAAAACAAUACUAUAAAAGUAUUUGUGGAUAUAUGAUUAUUUAAGGGAGAAAAAAUUGUGUAACUGGUAUCCCCCUUAACCGCACUCACACUAGGUGCUUCACUUGCUAAUAUCACGGCGCGGAGUCCUUCUUUUUUCUACUGGUCCGUGGAAGUUUCGAGUCUGUUUACUAUAAUUUAUUCCGGCUUACUCGUAUAUAGACCUUUGUAUAUUUUAAACGUAUAGUAUCAGAUACUAAAAUUGUUUUUUAAUUAAUUUAAUUCGGUUAAGUUACUCAACAAUAGUUUUAUACUCAGUGGCAACUGAUUUUUUUUUUCAUACUGAGUACAAAUAAUUAUUUAGUCACAUUAUUAUUUGAGCUGUUUUUUUUUCUAAUAUAAUAAGGUAUAUAUAUGCACUGAAGUAGUUUUAGUCGUUAGCUAUAUGGCUCGGCUUUUGGCGUGUACAAUACCGUUCUCGAUAGUGUAAAUUUUUAAAUACUGUCAUUUUCAUCAAAAUAGUAAAAAUCCGAUAAUUUAAUCAUCGUUAUAUCGUUAAAAAAAAAACGUAUAUAUGUCUCUGAAAAUAUUCAUGUCAAAAAAUUACCUCAAGAAAAUUCACAAUCAUAUUCAUACAUCCUGAAUUGCCCAACGUGAAAUAAUGUUAGGAAUUCUUUUCAUCGUUAAUUUCGUCAGUGUUUAGUUUUUUAGAAAGAACAUAUAAAAUUUCUUGCAAAAACAUAUAAAACUAAUUAAUAUAGGUAAUUAUUUUCAUUUAUAUUUCAAUAUAACUUUUUUUUUCAACUUUUUGUUGAAGGAAAGGUGUAUUAUUAAUAAUAAUCUAUUGUAGAAGACUUUGAUUUUUCGUAAAUUUAUAUUCAAAUUCAUAUAUGAAACAUGUGUUUAAUUGGGUUUGAUGAGCGAUAUUUAAUUGGGUUUCUUACUCUCAAUAGAGCACCUUUCUUGAGCGGUAACUGUUACACGGACGAAGCCAGGAAAAUAGCUAGUUAGUUUAUAUAUUAACAGCUCAAAUAUGUUUCGAUCGAUGUGAUUAUAUAACUUCGGAUCUUACAUGUUUGUAAAACUUAGAUUAAGGUAAAUCGUUCAAUAUCGGUUCGGAGAGCGAGCCGUUAAUAAUAUUGCAUGGCAAAACCAAAGAAGCGUUUUUUUUAAAUGCUAACCUCCGAUAGAAACUGAUAUUAGUGUCUUUCGCCCUUCCUGCCCAAUAUAAGUCAAAUAUGCCCUAUGUGAUAUCACUUAUUGUUGGCGCCCAUUUCUGCCGUGAAGCAGUAAUGUGCAAACAUAACUUGUGCUAAUGUUUCGGAGCUAGUGAAAUUACUGGGCAAAUGAGACCUAACAUCUUAUGUCUCAAGGUGACGUGCGCAGUUGUAGUGCCGCUCAGAAUUUUUUGUUUUUUCAAGAAAUCGGAGCGGCACUGCAUUGUGAUGGGCAGGUCGUAUCAGGUCGUACCAGUGGGAGGCUCCUUUGCACAGGAUGUCGGCUAGGUAAUGGGUACCACACCGGCGCCUAUUUCUGCCGUGAAGUAGUGAUGUGUAAACUUUGCCUGAAGGGCGCCGUAGCUAGUGAAAUUACUAGGAAAAUGAGACUUGACAUCUUAUGUCUCAAGGUGACGAGCGCAAUUGUAGUGCCGCUCAGAAUUUUUGGGUUUUGCAAGAAUCCUGAACGGCACUGCAUUGUAAUGGGCAGGGAUGAUAAUCGAUACAAUUAUCAUCAGCUGAACGUCCUGCUCGUCUCGUCCCUUAUUUUCAUAAAGAAAAUCGAGAUCACUAGCUUACGAUCUUAGUGACCAAUAUUGCUACCUCUUACCCUCCCUCUUCGAAUCCAUUAGCUUUCUGCCUCGUAACAAUAUCACUUGCGCUCGCACUUCGAACCGGUACUAAUGAAACGAUAAUAGGAUUACUGCUUAAAUGUAUUUGAUCUGUAGUUAUUUGUAGUUGAUAAUUUUAUUUUAUUGUUUAUUUGUUUUAUAUGUACAACAAUAUAAUAUUCGCAAAUGUAGUCUGCCAUUUUUUGACUACCGAAGUUAUGGGGUAAAUAUACAAUAAUUGGACCCUUAAUUAUGAAGUAAUAAAAAUACUUUUAAUAUUUAUUUAAGUCGACCCUGCUUUUUUGCCACCGCUAUGUUCAAGUCGAUGUUAUCUAGAUCUUUUACAUAUAUAAAAAAGUUUUGGCAUUUUUCUAGAAGUUUCCUCUAGGAAUUUAACAAAAGGCUCCAUAUUUUGGUAGUUUCAAAACGGUAUGUGUUUAAAUUAACUGAUUCUUCUUAUAUUGGUCAAGUCGGUGUUUUUAUAUAUUAUAUAUAUAAAUAUAAUAUUUAAUUAAUAGUGUAAUUCGGCCCACAGUGUCUAAACCAUCGCUCAUUAAUUCUCAGAUACUCUAUUCAAUACAUAACUUCAAAGAAAACUAUUCGCAGCCACAUAAUCAUUUAUUGUUGCAAAUUAUACCUUAUCACCUUGACAUAAGGUUUAAUUAAUAAAACUACAUAAAAGCACUGCAAAGUCAUUGUGAUAAGUCAAUGGAAGAAGACGUGAAAAUGGUAAAAUCUUGAGUAAACGAUUGACGAUUACAUUAUCUGUGGACCUGACGUCGAUGACGUCACAUCCGUCGCUUCGGUACGGUGCGCAAAACAAGCAUCACUAGGAUAUAAUUAUUAAUGAAUAGACUACGAUUGAUUUUUUCUGUAUUAUAAGAUUGACGUCAAACUGUUGUGUUGCCAAUGAAGUAAUAUGGGGUCGUAAAAAAAGUAUUUUUCUGGCAGUACUUUUAUAGCGACACAACAGCAGUAACUAGAGAACUAUUAUGGUCCGGUCAAUUUAGACCAAAAAAUGAGAGUGAAGUUACAUAAAUUCCCAACAAGCUGAAAAUCAGUGAUAUUAUUCAAAUUCAAAAAAUUGAAGUUGAACAAAGCAUACAAGAUUUUAUGACGAUAAGUCACUCAAACGAACGCCACAGGUCGUGGGUUCGUGUCCCGCAUCGUUCAUAAAAUUUUGUUUUUCAAAUUUUAUUUCUGUAUUAAUCCUAAAAGUGAGGGUUAUCACUUUAAAAACACAACAAAUUGUUUAUAUUUACACAUAUUAUAAAGUUCAAAAUCAUUAAUUUCUAAACAGAAUCUAAUUUCUAAGUUUGUUGAUACCUCUCUAAAGACUAACUGUCUUAAACCUAAGAAUAAACCAUGAAUAUGGAACAUGUUUACAAAUAGACAUUUUGCUUAAAGGCAUAAAAGGCAUUUAUUUUCUCAAAAUUGAUUUCUUUAGAAUUCUUUUUGAUGUAAUUUCUAAAAUACUAGACAGUACUAUCGCUUCGGAAACAAAUGGCGCUCAGCAUUGUUUUUUUGCGCUCUUUUUAAUCAAAUAUACAAUAUUGUAUUGUCAUUGCUAUAAAACAAUCAUAAUCUAGUCCCGGGCUGUCGGAUGACUUAGAUAUUCAGCUGUGGAGUAGUAGGAUUUACGACAAAGCCAUUUUUUUAUUAAAACAUAAAAAUUUUAUUUAUAGAUAAUGCCUGAGCUUUAUUAUAAAAGUGUUUAUUUACCCUUAAAGCUAUUAUGUAUCUUAUGAAUGGUUUAUUCGGCCGUAUAACGUUUCCCGCGUUUAUUUGCAAGGCUGCCUGACUCACGGAAAACUUCAGAAUUAUCAAUGUAUUGACUGCGUUGUCAGUGAUAUACGGCCGUUUCCAAUAUACUAUCUACAGAUAGAGAUAAGUUACUACCUUCUACUGUCAGUAAUUAGCUGUCAAUAAUCUGAAGCCGUCCCAAUUUACCCGAUAAGUCAUUCUUAUAGCCAUAUAUUGGGACGCGUGAAUUGUAAUUUCCAUACAAACUUCUAUCGCUGGUAAGCUAUACGUCGAUAAGUUUAUUGGGACAAAAGCCAAUAAUAGUUACGAUUUAUAUCUCAAGUAGGCGACAACCGGAGAUAGACUGAAUAUUGGGAACGGCCGUUAGUCAACAUUUUGCAUAUUCUUGGUUUAUUCUCGAGUAUAACUUUAUACCAAGCUUAUUUUUGAGGCCGUAGCGGUAUUAACAUUUAUGAAAAAAUAAUUAUUUUAAACUAUAGCUGUCAUAAUAAUAAUCGCAGUGUAAAGUUACAUAAAGUUUAAAAUGACUUCACCCUGUCAUGUAAUUCUGUACUGGAGACAAAAAGUUUUAAACUUUUAGUAAUUAACACUGCGUUUAAUAAGACAAAGUGUUUAUUUAUAUAUUAUAUAUUGCUUAGACCACUUUAAACAUUUAAUAAAACACGUUUACUUGUGGCCCAUAUUUCUUUUUGAAGUUAUACUUCUUUAGGCGCGUUAUGAAAAAAUAAUGAUGAGAGUGAAAUCAUCACUGUAACACAAAAGUAACAGGGUGGUUCAUAAAAUGUUAUGACGUUUGUGUCUUUUUUUUUGGAUUCUUCGUCCAUUAUUAGGACAGGCAAAGGGUUCAAGCCCAUACAGCCGUAUUCAUUUUGCAAGAUUUUCACAAAAUAGUUCUUUCUAAACACGUAGAAUAGCACGAUCAUUUUAAUGAUUUUUGCUUCGUUAGGCCAAAGAAGUAUAACUUCUUGCGUACGCACACACCUUUUUUUUUAUCAAGUGUUAUCCCUCACUUCUCGGAUCAAUUGUACAAAAUUAAAAUUGUAACCAAAAUUUAUGAACGAUGCGGUACCUGAACCCGUAUCUCUCGGGUUCGUAAAUUUUGGAUAGAAAUUCAAUUUAUAUCACCCAACUUGUAUCUUUAGUCAUCUAAGUAUGAAAUACCGAUGGUUUACGGCGCUGUGGGCAGUGAAUCUUUGAUGUUAGUUGGAUCAUAGUAUGUGUAAGGUCUUCAUCUCGUAAGUUUAACAUUUCCCCCGUUUAGCGGGCCCAUUGUACGCAUUCAAUGCCACAGAUUAAGUACAGCAACAGUUAGUCACACUAACAAUCCGCUUACGGUACGGUGCUCAUACGGUCAAGUGGGCUAAAAAUUGUUUUUUUUACGACAUUAGUUAAUACUUCUACGUAUAUUGUAACUUAUUUAUUAGGAAGCCAAUCUUAAUCUAAACAGGACAUAUUUAAAUAUUCUUUUAUAAUAAUGUUGUACAUUCCAUUUAUAGGCUAACUCAACAUUCAUGAUACAACUUAAAGAUGGAGGUAGUUUUGAAAAAUAUAGCUAAAAUAAAGCCACAGGCAAGAGGCUGAUGAAAUAAAUUAUUAGAUACACAAUAAACAAAGAAAAAUUUUUAAUUCCUUUUUGAAACAUGGCCCAGAAUGUAGAAAAAAAACAGUGACAUCUCAUUUAACCAAAUUGUUGUAGUACUUUAUAUGCAUAAUGAAAAUGGUCUUUGUUUGAGGCUCGAUCACGCCCAAACCACAGAUCGUUUCGAAAUGAAACUACCACCAUUCGAUGCGAAAUUUAUCCCAGAUGGUUUGUAGCUACUUAUUUUUUAUUUAGUGAAUAAAAUUUAAUUUAUUGCCUUUUAAAAUUCAAUGCACAAUUGUCAAUUAGCCGACUAUAGUCCGACAACUGCGUGCGCGACCGUCCCACAAGGUGUCAGACGGUCGCCGGGACGGGGUACUAAGAUGUCAGCGGGUAGCGGGUGGAGUUGCGGGGAAUUGCAACGUGUGAGACUGACGUAACCCGUAAGUUGUCGGACUAUAGCUUCAUACAAAUAAUGAGAUGAUAAAACCUUAGAUCAUUUAUACGUCUAGGUAGAUGACAGCAGUGAAAACAUCUAAAAAUUUUCGAACUACCCUCUAUCCGUCAUUCAAAUUGCGAGUGUAAGACACAGUUUGUCACGCACACUAAAGUAUUAUUCCUGGCCUGUUUUUUAUCGGUUGUCGAACAGCAAGAGACUAUUUAGGCGUAUAAAUUACCUAAGCAAUUUACGAUGUAACACCUCAAUGCCUGUACAUCCUUAUUAUACGUCGGCGAAAUAUAAAUUAUUAAAAACCUAAGAUAAUUAAUACGUCUAGAUAUACUCAAAAGUUAGGAACGCAACGAAAAUUAAAUUGCGGUGAACUGUUAGCCUCUAUUUUCAGCAACGCACGCACACUAAUACAAAGUAACAGGGCCUGUUAUCACGCGUAGGCAUAACAGGCUGUAUCUAGUCGUAUUAAUUAUCUAAGGAUCAAACUUCAAAAUAUAUUGAAGAAUAGCGUAUAAUCCUGUUCAAUACAAUAACCUAUCUAGUGAUCCCAGCAUUAAUACAUUUGCACAAGAAAUUCGAGUCCGUACCAAGAACGAAUUGUAAGUGUGAUUUGUCUGUGUAUAGAAUAAGUAUCACGUAAGGCCACAGUUUAAAGAAAAGCAGUUUGUUAACGUCUUAGCUUGCGCAGCGAUAUGAUAUUUCAAGCUUAUUUAAUUGCUACAAUAUUAUGAUUAUAUGAUAUCUUUUAAAAGUUUCACUGUUAAAUGAAAUCGUAGUUUUUGUAAAAUUUUCAAGCAUGUUAAUUGCCAAACAUCGAAACGAAUUUUUAUCUCUCUCGGAUUUCAUUGGUUGAUAAAUUUAUAGGAAAAAAAAACAUCGUACAAGCAAAAUAAGGUUCAAAACUCGGUGAGGGAAUAGUGUGCCAUACGGCACACUCGAUUUUGUAAGGUUGAUCGCAAAAGCAACUUUAUUACUUAAGGCUGGGGACCGAGCCAACGCCCUUGAGACCUCGAGCGGAGUUAGGUUACCUCUCUCGCACAAGAUCGCCAUUGUUUUAGUUAAGAAUUAGAAGCAUUUUUAAUUUAUUACAAACAUAAUACAAUUUACUAUGUUAAGUAGUAUUAGUGUACAAUUAAAAAAAAAUCGUACAAUUUUUAUCUAGAUUGCAUGAUCAGCAUGGCACCAACUGUAAAAGUUAGGGGAAGUUUGGUGAUUUACUUUCGCACUGUCUAUAAUAAUAGAAAUAUAAAGAAACAAUGAAUUUUCUUCUCAUAUUCGUCAUUAUUUUUUAUAAAAAUAUAAGCUUUAUAUAAACCGUCAAAAAAAGGUUUCAAAUAUGCGCUAUUUUGGCGAUUUGUUGGGAUAGCGGCCUUAAGUGUAAAAAGUUGCUGUCAAAAUAUAUCAUAUAGGCCUUAUUAAUACUAGGCGAGUCAAUAUAACGCCUGAAUAGCACACAGAGUAAAGGUUUAUAGGGAAUGUGAUUUUUACUGUCUGCUACAGAUUUUAAAUUACUUAGAAACUGUAUUUCAUUAUACUGUGGUCGUUUAUUUGUAGUUAGCUUAGUGCGAAAGAAUCCGAGAGAAGUAUAUCGCAACUGGCACAUACGCCAUCUUUUGAAAUGUCACUUUUGACAUUGACAGGUCAUAUUGUUUGUUCAUUGUGAAUGUUUGUGACCUCUUUGUAGAAAGUUGUACGUGGCAUAAAUCGCACGCAUUGCCACAGGGAUCGAAACCUAGUCAUAUUUAUAUACAAGGUGUAGUCGUUAAGUGAUUGUGAUUACUCCGUAACUAUUACAGAUAUCAAAAAACUUUGAACUGAUAUCGAAAGAACGUUACCCACUCAGAAAAUUGAAAAUAUAUAUGUAAAAUGACAUCAUUCCCAUCAUCUGGAUGUGUGGCGGUCCUCCACAGUGAGGUUUUCAAGGAGCUUUCUUCCACGUACUACAAAGCUGUGGAAUGAGCUUCCUUGUGCGGUGUGCGGGACGAUACGACAUGGCUACCUUAAAAAAAGCGCAUACAUCUUUCUUCAAUGUCGGCAACGCUCCAGUGACACCUGUUGAUGAUUGAUUAACACCAGGUGACCCGUAUGCUCGUUUGUCCACCUUUUCCAUUAAAAAAAAACUUUAAAAAUUAAACUAAAUGAAUUAGAGAAUUAUCCUAAAUUUUGAUAUUAAAAUUUCCCCAUACAUUUAGUAUGAGAUUAGUGGAUAGGUUUUUGUUUCAUUAUUUUAAAAGGUUAUUUUGUCUUAGUACUGAUAAUUGAUACAUGAUAUUUAUUUCUCAGUAAGUACUAAAAAUAAAAAUAAAAUAGCCUUUAUUAUUACUAGUGACUUAAUUUUCCUUAACUAGUAAUUUGUCUCUCGACAAAAGCCCCCUCUAAGGACUUCCACCUUAUUCGGUCUCCGGCUACUCUCAUCCACUCCGGACCUGCUAUCCUUUUAAAAUCCCCCUCCUCGUACCCCCACCUUCUAAUCUGUCUACCUUUCCUUCGUUUCCCGUCUCUUGGAUACCAUUCUGUAACGGUUUUUGUCCAUUUCUCUUUUCUUUUCCCUCAGAAUGUGUCCAGUCCAUUUCCACUUUUGCUUUUGACACAUCUUGUGUUGAAUUUUGUCUGACUCUUACGUUAUGAGUACUAGAUCACUUAAAAUAAUGAAACCUAAAAUCUUUCUACUAGUCUCAUACUAAAUGUCUGGGAAAGUUUAAUAUCAAAAUUAGGGAUAUUUCCAGUUUGAUUUUUCAAAAGUUUUUUUUUAUGUAAACGGAGGACAAACGAGCGUACGUGACACCCACCCGGUGUUAAUCAAUCAUCAACAGGAAUCACUGGAGCGUUGCCGGCCUUGAAGGUAGGUGUACGGGUUUUUUUAAGGUACCCAUGUCGUAUCGACCAGGGAACACCGCACAAGGAAGCUCAUUCGACUGCUUUGUGGUACGUGGAAAUGAUAUAAUUUUACAUAUAAAUUAUAGAAAUUGAUGUCUUUUUACUGAUUAGGUAUCGUAAUUUCGGUAGGAGUUUAAAGUUUUUUAAUAUCUGUAAUAGUUACGAAAUAAUUACCAGUGAAGGCUCCUUUACAGGAUACCGGCUAGAUUAUGGCUACCACAACGACGCCUAUUUCCUGCCAUGACACAGUAAUGCGUUAGCAUUACUGUGUUGCGGUCUGAAGGGCGCCGUAGCUAGGGAAAUUACUGGGCAAAUGAAACUUAGCAUCUUAUGUCUCAAGGUGACAAGCGCAGUUGUAGUGCCGCUCAGAAUGCUUGGGGUUUUUCAAGAAUCCUGAGCGGCACUGCAUUGUAAUGGGCAGGGCGUAUUACCAUCAGCUGAACGUUCUGCUCGUCUCGUCCCUUAUUUUCAUUAAAAAAAGCCAUCACACAUAACGAUUACAUCCUGUAUAUAACCUUACAAGAUAAUUCUGUCACGACGAGCAAAAAAAAGAUGGAAUUUCUAUUGUCACCAUUACAUGGCGCCAGUGAAAAAUGCGCGCCAUUUUUCACAUAGACCAAGGAUAGUAACUAGACCUCGGUUUGGCGUUGCCAACAUGAGACAAGAUAAUAUCCUAUAUAUAUAUAGGUACAUAAUAACAUCGCACCAUAUUUCCUUCGAUUCUACUUCAAAUUGUCACUGUCGUUGAAUAAAUAGUGGAUAUUUCACACGUUUCACAAGUUUUCUGAGCAGUGCUGUCAAGUUUGUUUAGCACACCUGGUGUGCUGACCUUGAAAAAACCAGCAACCAUGGCGAAACAAAAAAUCUAAUCACUCUAUCUCAUUUCUUUACAUAAGACUCGCAUAAGUUUUUCCUUUUCUCGUGUGAGUGAGACGGAAGCUAUCAUUUAGUCUAGUUACUAUACUUGGUCUAUGAUUUUCCAUAUCAGAAACAUCAAAGACUGUUGCGACUUCCCGAUUGAGAUUUUUAUUCGGUUGCCAUUGUACUGUUAUCUCGCUACUGUGUUCAUUUAGCCUUCGAAUUACAAGCUUACGAAACUAGUAGUCUUAGAUUAAGGAUUGGUCUCCGCUGCGCUCCAACUAGACACCGCAGGCGUGGUCGCAAAGUGCGGCAACUGAUACUGCGCCGAAGUGGGCGUACUCGAGCCGGUCUCGAACAAUGUGUGACGUUGCCACAUGCUCUGUUAAUCUUUGCUCAUAAUUGAAAUAAAUAACACGAAGCGUAUAUUAGUUACAAAAUUUUAAAGUUGCCAUUGAGUGUCAAGAUUAAUAAAAAAGCUAAUGUUCUUAGCUUGUGCGGUAUCUAUUUGGAGAGUUGGAGCUUUCAUGUGUACCGAGCCUUAGACGGACUUUGUCCCGACUACCCACAUUACGCAAAUGAUCUCAAUCUUAACUUUACAUAUUUAAAAUGUUAUUAAUGAUGAUUAUUAGUGUUAAUUAGUCAACAGUUCCUGAACAUGCCUCGUGUAGGCGAAACACGCGUUGAAGUCCUAAUUCGUAACUUAUAACAAUUUAAAAAGCAAUAUAUUUCCACAUGAAUUAAGCCUAAUUCUAUUAAUUUUCUAUACUUCGGAGAUUCUUUCGCACUGUUUAAGUUGCAAACUUGAGCCUAAAAGGCCUGUCUCAAUUCAGCGAUGAAUCUUGCGAUAGAACUGUCUUGAUAGCGCGUUUUUUAACGCGCGUGUAGACGCCCUAUUUAAGCCUCUAGUAUCUCACAGUCGCGCGAUUCAUCUUCUGUGAAUGAAGACAGAUAGACAGAUAAAGGCUCAUAUGUUCUCCAAUUUAAAUUUAUAGUCAUUUCAUUAGUGUAGUUGGUUGUAAAUGUGUACCUAUAAGACUUAUUUAAAAAGUAUUUUAACCACAAUAAAUAUAUUUGAUGUC